AGUAGCCAAAAGAUCCUCUGUUACCUGCUGGCAAGAAAGUAAAGGGAACAGACUGAAGGAAGCACAAGAUCUUGCUGGAAGUCUUUCCUCAGACACUAAGUAGGUGAAAACUGGUGCCAAGAAAGGAAAGAAAAAUGGCUGUGAUAACAGAGUUGAGUUCCACAUUAGAGAUCAGAGAGUUCUCUCAACAUUUGCAAGUGGACGAGAAGCACAGUCCCAGGAAAGUUCCACGUUUUUGUUCCAUUCGCUAUGGAAUAGCCUUCGCUGCACAUCUCUUCAACUUCGUACUCGCUGCACAGAGUGUCAUCCUGAAUAUCACCAUGGUAGCCAUGGUCAAUAGCACAGACCACCAGUCCCUGCUCAACAACUCUACAGAAGUACUCCCUAUAGGCUCACCAGAUGGCCCAGGUAAAGCCCCAACUAGUAUUCCUGCAAAGGCUCCUGUGUAUGACUGGAGUCCUCAGACACAAGGCAUCGUCUUCAGUUCCAUCAACUAUGGCGUCCUGCUGACAAUGGCCCCUGGGGGUUACGUGGCAGGGAGAGUGGGAGCAAGGAAAGUGGCUGGUGUUGCUUUAUUGGGAUCAUCACUUCUCACUCUCUGCAUCCCUUUGGCUGCUAAUCUUGGACUAGUUUACCUCAUUGUCGCUCGAAUAGUCCAGGGUCUAACCCAGGGUUCAGGAUUUGGGGGUCAUUUUGGACUUUGGCAGAAAUGGGCUCCUCCACCUGAACGAAGCAGACUCUGCAGCAUUUCUUUAUCAGGAAUUAUACUGGGAAUGUUCAGUGUUAUCCUCCUUGGUGGCAUCAUUAGUCAAGCCCUCGGGUGGCCUUUUGUCUUCUACGUCUUUGGAGGCCUUGGCUGUGUCUACAGCCUUCUCUGGUUUGUUUUGGUGUAUGAUGACCCUGUCUCUCACCCAUGGAUAAGCAUCUCAGAAAAGGAGUACAUCUUAUCCACCUUGAACCAACAGGACAGCUCAAAAAAGCAGUCUCUUCCCAUCAAAGCUAUGCUCAGAUCUCUGCCCAUUUGGUCCAUUUGUCUGUGCAGUUUCAGCCAUCAGUGGUUAAUUAAUACACUUGUCAUAUACAUACCUACUUACAUCAGUUACGUGUACAAGGUUAACAUCAGAGAUAAUGGGCUCCUGUCUUCCCUUCCUUUCAUUGUUGCCUGGAUCAUUGGUCUCCUGGGAGGCCAUGUGACAGAUUUCCUUCUGACCAAGAAUUUUAGGCUUGUCACAGUGAGGAAAACUGUCACGAUGCUAGGACAACUUCCUGCUUCAGCAUUCUUGGUGGCCCUGCCAUACCUCAAUUCCAGCUACAUUACAACACUCACAUUUCUGACAAUCUCAUGUGGAUUAGGCUCCUUCUGUCAAUCAGGGAUCUAUAUCAAUGCCUUAGAUAUUGCUCCAAGAUAUUCCAGUUUUCUUCUGGGAGCCACAAGAGGAUUUGCACACACAUCGUCUGUGCUGGUACCCAUCAUCAGUGGGUUUCUCCUUAAUCAGAACCCUGAUCUUGGGUGGAGGAAUAUAUUUUUCUUGUUAUUUGCCAUUAAUAUAUUGGGACUGAUCUUCUACUUCAUAUUUGGAGAAGCAGAUGUCCAAGACUGGGCCAAAGAAAGAAAACUCACUCAUUUAUGAAGUUGUCCCACUUUGGCUGGAAAAGUCAUUAUCCAUGUUUCAUAACUGGGAAAAGUUCAGUGAUGAAAAUACAACAGAAUGAAUUGUAUUUGCUAUGGCUUUUAUAAAAAAAAUGAGAUCAUUUUUUUCUUGUACUAAGACUUCUGGUGAGGAAAAUACAAAAUGAA